CUCCACCCACUUUUUAUGGUUAAAGCUUACAGCUCAAAACCACUUUGUAUAUUGUUCUCUGUGGAGUACCAGAUCUGAAUUUAGUUAUCUCAUCCACCGUUCUUCCCCUGAGUGAACAUGGAUAAGGGUGGUGAAGUCCCCAAGGAAGAUGCCCCACCUUACCCAGGACCUCCAGCUAAUUAUGGAGGAAUAUACCCGGGGGUCCAGCCUGGUUACCCUCCAGUCCAGUACCCUCCUACUGCUGGGAUCCCUGCAUACCCUGGACCUCCCCCUCAACCAGGCAAUCCAGCAAUGUAUCAAGGUCCACCUCUUGUUCUACAUCCUGGAGACGUUCCUGUAGCUAACACUGUAACAACAGUCGUGAUUGUUCCUAAUCUGCGUGAUGUGCCUGGACAGACUAGAUGUCCCCAUUGUCAACAGGAGGUGAUCACAAGGACAGUGCAUAACACAGGACUCCUUACAUGGCUCAUAUGCGGUGGGCUUGCCAUUAUUGGGUGCUGGCCAUGUUGUCUAAUCCCAUUCUGUGUGGAUUCGUGUAAGGAUGUGGAGCAUCACUGCCAAUAUUGCAACAAUGUUAUUUAUAUCCAUAAGCGGAUGUAAUACACUAGUUGAAACUUUCUUGUAAUACUCUUGCUAUACUUCUCUUGCUGCAAUACUCUAACUCUUUCACUGCCAUCUAAUUAGUAUAUGUAAUUUUCUUUCUAUAGUAGAUAUGCAGGGACUAAUUGCAUCUUAAUAAGUGAUUUAUUUUAAAAACAUAUCAGAAACAUAUAUAUCAAUAUAAAUAAGACAUUUCUAGGAUAUAUACUAUGAGGGAAGGAUAUAUCACUGCUUAUCUAAGCCUAGUCUGUAGCAUAUGGAUUCAGCUCUCUAAAGUGUAGCUGCAUUGUACUCCUUCUAACUAGUCUUCUGAGUACCAAUUGCGCUUGUGUAACAACUUACCCUUGAACGUCUGUGCUAUGGACCUCAUAAUGAUGCACACAUGAUGUUAAUCUAAAUAAAUACAUUGGUUUAGGUCUUUUCAAUGGAACCGAAAUUAGUAAUACACUAUUUUCAACAGAGACAACAGAAGUUAUAGAAAAUCAUAUUGUUUUUACCACCUUGAAAUGAAUUAGCUUGCUAACAAAAACAUGUAACAUGUAAAGUCUUACAUUGUAUUGUAUAUAUGAUUAUUAUUAUGAUUUUAGUGAAACUUUUUU